CCCAGAAUUCGAGACUUGACCCUCCCAUAGUCCACGGCUACCGAACGCUGCAGCACUACUGACAUUCGCAACAAAUCCCUUCUCAUUGAACGCUUGAUAUACCUACUUGAUAUUGCAUUGAAAUACAUACUUCAAGGGGCCGGCGAAUACUUCCGAGUGAGUCAACCAGUGUCACCGCUGCGCCGAGUAUCGAUCACACCCCACUUCACACAUGGCUCGGACAGUGGCGGAGCACCAUGUCGACGAGCAACCAUUAUCCACGGCGACAUCUUCCGCACUGGAAGACUGCACUGUCAUUCCGCCCGAGCCGAUACCGGACGACGGCAGCGGGGACGACACUCGGGAUCCGUUCGGGUUUCGGGGGGUUGCAGCGGACCCCGAGCUUAUCCGGCAAGCCGAGGGGGUAGUGCUGCGACGGAAGGGCUGGGGCAAGCUGGCGCGGCUGUGUCCCAACUGCAGGUGGCUGUUCACGGCGGCCGAUAAGGUCCUGCGACUGCUGUCGGCGAAACCGAAGGUUAUUGGGUGGAAUUCCGAGGAGAAUCGGGUCCCGGCGACGGCGCAGAAGGAGGAGUUUGGAGUUAGGCAGGCCGCGGGCAUGACGAAGAGUUGGACGAGGCCGGAGCUUGUUGCUUGUUAUGUUCUGCUGGUACUCCUCUGCAACCUCCUCCACCUCUACUCCGAGCUCUACCCUGGUGCCGUGGAAAACGCUCUGGCACAUUAUUCCGUUCAGCGGAAAAUUUCGAGUUGGCAGCUGGAGAUUCCCUGGCUCUUCCUCGACACCAUCGGAAUCAUAGCUUUAGUAACCUUUGUCAAGAUUGCGAAUUCCUAUUCUCGGCCGUGGGGUCUGUUCCUAGGGUCCCUUCUCUGCAUCUCGGGUAUGAGUGUGGCUGUCGUCAGUGAAUGCGUCACUGUCUACACUCUGGGUAUGGGACUGGUGGAGCUGGGAAAGAACGGCCUCUUUGCUGUGGCCACCGUCGUGAUUGCCGAUAGCAGUGACCUGGUCUGGAGAAUACAUUACGAGUGGAACAUCUUCAAUCCUCGCAACUUCCUGAAGAACCUAGAUCUGUUUGGCGCACGGAACGACUUUUUGGGCCUGCUGACAUUCAACGUUGCACUUGCGGCACUCUCAUUAGCACUCGUCACACCUCCUACAGCUAAUUUCGUGACGUGGAGGAACUGGUUUUUUAUUGUUGGCCUAGUCGUUUUGUUUCUUUUCGUCGUGUGGGAGCUCUACUUGGGUGGUCAAUUCCUGGGGAGACGUCGAGAGGAUAUUGGAAGCAUUGACGGCUCAGAAACCCUUAGCAGUAGUCUUUCGAUUCCAUCUGAUCUAGUGCUGGCACCGAAUCCAUAUACAGCUCCCGGUGAAGACUUGGAUGCGCUGGCCGGCCAGACAGCAGCCCGCUUGAGAGGAAGAUACGAGCCCGAGUCCUUCCGGAAACGCUGUCAUGCUCUGAUACCGGAGUCGCUUGUCCGCAAUCAGCAGGCUAUCGUGUGUACGCUUUGCUUGUCGUUGGAGUCGUUCGCGUACACCUCGAGCUGCUGGGUCGUCUUCCGCGUCCCGGUCUCCGGCGUGGAAACGGAAUGGCAAUACUGGUUUUACUGUGUGCAUAUUACUUGCACGGUUGCUGCGAGCUUGAUCGUGUCGUUAUUUGUUCCGUACCUGCGGCAGCUGAAGGCCUUCGUCGUCGCCGGCCUCUUGCUCGAGCUCAUCUCGUCGUUAACCAUGUUGGGAGUGUGCCUACGGGGCAGCCACGUAUCGGACAGUAUUUACGUUCCACUGGUCCUGCUCGGAGUGGGCAACGGCAUGGUCGACAUCCCGCUGCUGAUCACCGCGCACGCGAGCUGCUCGAGACGCUCAGAUGUCGCUAUCGCCACCGGCCUCAUGAUGACGGCCAAAGGCAUGGCGAUGCAGAUGGGUAGGGCAGUGUGCAAUGCCUUGAUGGGCUACUACGAUCCGCUGGAGUCUUUCUCGGUCAUGUAUCCCGCCGCCGAGUCUACCCUGGAUGGAGUGGAGCGCGUUGGGCUUGUCUGGUGGAUGUUGAUCGUGGCAGGUAUCGUACUGCAAGCAGUGGGCGUUGCGGCGGCGACCGUCUUGCUACGGAACUAUGAUCUGCCAUCGAUCCGGCAGCACGUCACGGGAGUAAUAUUCGGUGUUGCAGAUGAUGCACCCGAGCCUCCUCCUCGGCACGAUCCGGAAGAGUCGGUGGGAAGUGGCACGUCGGUUGGUGAGUUGGGCGGGAAUUGGUGUUGA